GAACACUGCAUCACGCACCCAUCAUUUAGCACGAUUCUACAGUAAGGGAUAGUCAAGGAAGUACCUCUUGGUCUUUAAAUCUUACUGGUACCCACCAUCAUGCCUCUGGCACGGCUGAGAGACCUUGUCGAUUCGGCCACGCCGAUUGAUAAUCGAUCAUUGAAUAGCCACUCACCAUCAGAAGCUUACAACAACAACAAAAACAACAACUACUACUGCAACUACCAAAAAGUUAAUGAUGAUGCGACGCCUGAAUCUAAAAAUGGUUUGUCUGGUAAACCGAAUAGUGCUAUUCCUGUCCGCUUUUCUCGCUAUUCCAAUGCGAAAAAAGGACUUAAACAAUCUACUCAAAAAUCAGAUAAACUCCGAAAAUGCCUAAAUGUAUCAAAGGUUCUGGUGCCCUUGAUACUAGCGGUAGUGAUCAUUAUCAUCUUGAUUGUUGUCCCCCUGACACUCCAGGGAUCCAAGAAGAAACAGCCCACGGAGCAAUCACAGCGGAGAAAGUGCUCGCUAUCCCAAGAAUUAAAAGACUCUGGUCUUUACGAACUCAUACAAAAAGUCAGAAAGAGUGUUAGCAAAAACUACCCAGCAGAUCUUGUAAUCAAUCCAGCCUCGACCUCCGAACAGUUAUGGCGCGAUUACAAGCCUUUUAUUGCCAAACCUGAACAAUACAAACAAGUCACAGACGAAGCAGAGGGGUUACUUGGAGAACUCGAAGAGAUAAGAAAGAAAAUCGAUGAAAAUAAGUUAAAGGGAAGAGAGAGAAAGGCUUUGUAUGAAGUUCACCAUUAUUUGAAGAACUCGUUUGGAACAGCAUUCGAAGGGAACUACUAUACAGGUGACUGGAUGCUGGAGCCGAAUGGUUUCUGUUGGUCGCCAAGCUGUCUUUCAGUACCGUAUUUCUCAACCGCUUUAAGUUGGUAUCUAAAACCAGAGAAUAUUGGUCAUGUUCGGAGGCUUAUUGAGAUUAUCAAGCAGUUUCGCGAGAGUAUACUGCAGACUAUUGCGAACAUGAGGAUGGGCGUGCGCGCGGGAAUGGUGCGCCCCUUGGAGGCUUGCCGUGCAGGAUUCCUGGCUUACAGAUCUCAAUUUAGUCCGAUAGCCAUCCAAAAAGAAAAAGGUGUCAAGGAUCUCUUUAUAUAUAGUGGCGUAUACGAACAGGGAUUUCUCUCCAUGCUGACUCCCGAGAUGCACCGCGAGUGGCUUAAAGACAACGGCGAAAACAUCACGGAGUCAAUUACGCGCAACCUCGAGGAGCAUAUCGGGAAGCCGAUUCUGGAAGUCCUACAAUAUCUAGAGAAUGAGCACAUGAAGCACUGCCCACCUAGCACGGUGUCCAGCGGUCUGGCGUUACUGCCUCUUGAAUACGUCUACAUCAAUGGCGUUCCAGAUUACUCACAGAGGACAACUCAAAAACUCCCCACUGGAGAACCGCUGAAUGGAACGCGGUCGUUUCUGUGGAUAGCGCAAAGCAUGGUGGCGAAACACGUAACUCCCGAAGAGUUAGAAAAACUUGGAAGGGAGCAGCUUCAGAUUUUCUACGCAGAGGCAGUAUCUAUUGCUAAGCAAGCGACAGGGGAAUCAGACGAAGCUCAGGCCAUAGCUAAGUUCAAAGAAAUCAUAGAAGACCCCUCUAAUUACUUCAACCAAAAGCCUUUUCCAGCGAAUGAAUCAGACGAUAAUGCCUUUUUGUUGUGUACUAGCGACGAGAAGGCCAAGAUGUAUUGUCCAAAACGAUGGGAGGCUUUGCAGGACUGGACUAAAUAUGUGAGAAAGCUACAAAACAACAUCAAGGCACAACUCGGACAAAUAUUCUACACAAGUGGACCCAAAGUAACGACACCGACAUGCGAUAACUACAUCUUCCCAGAUUACAAACCCGCCGCAGCGUUCAGAGCUUACUCUGCAUCAUGGACGGCAAACUGCUCUGCAGGCCGGGCUGGCCACGUCCUGACAUUCUUCAUGGAUAAAUUUGGACCGAAGUUUUCAGAUUAUUCUCUCGCUGCUCAUGAGUACCAGCCAGGGCACCACACGGAGGUACAAGGCUUCUUUGAACAUUUCAUGGACAAGUGUGGUGACGCGAUAGCCUGGCUGACCGAUCAAUCGUUCUUUUCCGGGUUCAGUGAGGGCUGGGCUAUGUACUCGGAGCAUCCCCUCAUGGACGAGGACCUAAAAAUGUAUGAGGGCAACUUGCUCGCCCGAUACGGCAUGAUUCAACAAAUGAUCAUGGCAUCGUUGCGUCUGAUUAUCGAACCAGGCCUGCACGUCCGUGGAAUGACCCGGUCAGCGGCAUUACAACUUUUUCAGAAAUACACAUGGGACACUAGUGACCUCUCCUCCAAGGAGAUCACGAGGUACCAAAGCACUUACGGCCAGGGACUCACCUACAUGGUCGGGAGAAAUGCUAUUCUGCAAGCGAGGAGUAAAGCCGAGCAGGAGCUUGGGAAAGAAUUCUCGAUACAAGAUUUUCACUAUGCAAUACUUCACCAAGGGGAUCUACCGCUGGACUAUUUGCCGGCUCACAUCGAUCACUAUAUCAAGUGCAGAAAGAACCCCUCGUCAAGCGAGUGUACGGAGUAAAAAUAUAGAAAAGAAUAGAACGGGGAAGUGCAUGUAUAUUUUUUAGAUUUCAUUUAUGUAAUAUUUGUUAUUAAUGGUAUUUUAGAAAUGAAAUAUAUAACCCUGUUACACCAAAGGAAUACAAAAUUUUAACGAUAGGGAUUUUUUGGGUACCAAUUUCCAUGAUCAUUCACAUUGUAUGUUUAUCUAUUAUUAUUGUAUGUUUAUCUAUUAUUAUAGUUAUAUAAUGAAAACAUCGCACAACAACUCAA